AAAGUACAAUUUUUUGGGUAAGUUUUUUAAAAAAAAAAAUAGAUACGAAAUCGAGACUGUUUUUAUAUUACAUCGUUCAAAGUAGUUUUAAUUUAACAGUGUUGAUUCAACUGUGUAAUUAAAGCUACACAAUGCCGGCCGAAAAUUUGUACUGUCUUGAUAACUUUUUCAAGAAGAUGACAGAUCUGGAUUCACCGAAGAAAAACAACGACUGUUAUUUUUACUAUUACUCAACAUGUGCUAAGGGAGAUAACUGCACGUUUCGCCAUGAACCAUCAGCCUUAGGAUGUGAAACAAUGUGCAGUUAUUGGAAGGAAGGCAAGUGUGUUAAUGUCCAUUGCAAUUUCCGUCACAUGGAGUUAAGGAAGAAUAGGAAAGCCAUCCCAUGUUAUUGGGAAAGUCAACCCGUAGGAUGCUUGAAAGCCCAUUGUCCAUUCAUGCACCGAAACCCAAGGCCUAAUGAAUCUGUCAACAGAGCUAAUAUAUCAAAUGAUCAAUCUGUAGGAGACCUUAACUCCUCAUCUGAGAGGAAAGUGACUGCCGUGGAUAGCUUAGUUGUGAAUUUUGAAGAAGAGAAAAGGCGAAAAAUCGCGCAUAGAAAGCCUCGCCCCAUCGACAAACAAGUAUCUGUCACUGUUUGUGCGGGUGGUACGCGCAAGGUCUCGCCCCCUACCCAGUCCGAUAUAAGCGGUAUCAAAAUAAAGACGUUAGAAGAAAUCAGAGCCGAAAGAAAGGCCAAAGAAAGAAUCCACGACGAACAAGAAGUAACAAGUACUUCAAUGGACUUGGACACGGAAUCAACUAUUAAUCCUGUAUCUGUACAAGACGUCAAAAAAAAAAUAAUUCUGAGAAGGAAACUACCUCAGAUUGACAAAAUAAUCACUGAUGAGAAUUCAUCCCAGAGUAGUGAGACUUCUCUUUCGGGAAAACCUCUACAUUGCAGGGAAAAAGAUGGUAUGUCCGAGACAGCUAGUACCAUUGAUGAAGGUCUUCUUUUGGAAGACGACGACGAUGACGACGAAGAUAUGGUGCUACUAAAACCUGAAGAAGAACUACUGAACGAAAUCGACGAUUAUUUAGAUAUAACCCUUUAAGUUCUACAUUUUACAGGAAUAUUUUUUGUUUUAAUAGUUCCAUUGUUGGUUACCAGAUCAGUUGCUCUAACAAGGAGUGUAUUUACAACCUAAUGUAAAUAGUAAUUCUCCAAUAAUUCAUGUGUAUAAAUUUAAAAAUACAGUCACCAGGUGUUUUAACCUUUCGUUUCUCUAUGUUGGUCUUUACUUACUUUAUAAACAUUUUUUGGGAUCACUAUUUAUGUUGUCAUUGUCAUUAACAUUAUGAAAUGACUCAAAAAUUGUUAUUUAUUAUAGACCCUCAGAUUGUGACCAAUUUAGGUGCCCCAUUUUCGCAUACAAGCCUCAAAUAGAGUUGAAAAGUACAUCGAUGAAGAGUAAAAUAAAAAAAUUACGAGUGGCUCUUGGGGAUAACACAUGGAAAAUUCGAUUUUCAUUAUUUAUCAGAAAAAUUUUCCGACCCCAUAAUGCACUUAUACAUUCGGGUCAUUCAAACCAAUAUGUUUUUCGGACUAGUGACUAUGUACGUUUUUAUGCAUUCGAUGGACUUGUGUGGAAAAAUCGGAUAAAAUCUCAA